GGAGGGUCGGCUGCUUGCAGAUCGCUCGCUUCCCCCCCUUUUUUUAAAAAAAUCACAUCUUUAAUUUUUAGUUAAGAACUUCCUUGUUUUUCUAAAAAAUCCACCCAUUUUUAUACAAAAAUAUUUUUGUACCUUGUAAAUAUACACGACCAAAUUUAAAAUAAACGAAAUAAUGAACGCAGUGCAAUUAAUCAACAUCCAGAGACUGAUAGAAGCGGCCGAGUUUUUAGAGAGAAGAGACCGAGAAGCUGAGCACGGAUAUGCAUCGUCCUUACCCUGCGAUGCCGAGGCGACCAGGAGGAAAAUGAAAACCAAAAAGAAUUCGAGCAAUAGAUCUACACACAAUGAAUUAGAAAAGAACCGUCGAGCACAUCUUCGUCUCUGCUUGGAAAGAUUGAAGGAACUUAUACCACUGGGAUCAGAGUGUACCAGGCACACUACUCUUGGUUUACUCAAUAAAGCCAAAGCACAUAUUAAGAAACUUGAAGAGCUGGAUAGGAAGUCAAUGUACCAGAUUGAGCACCUGGAAAGAGAGCAUCGCUUUUUAAAGAGGAGAUUGGAACAGCUACAGGGUCUGCCAGAGAAUGAACGACUGCGAAUAGAUAGCAUAGGAUCUAAUGUCUUCUCUGAUCGUUCAGAUUCAGAACGAGAAAUUGAAGUGGAUGUUGAGAGUACAGAAUUCUCCCAUGGAGAUGUGGACAAUAUUAGCACUUCUAGCAUCAGCGACCUUGAUGACCACAGCAGCCUCCAAAGUGUUGGUAGUGAUGAAGGUUACUCCAGCAGCAGUAUAAAGCUGUCCUCAUCCAUUUAAGGAAGACCCUGAAGCUACUGCAAAUAUGCCUGAGGGAUCACAAUAUGACAAGCUACUUCAGCUUUGGACUUUUGUGAGGAAAAAAUAGGUUAAGGACAUGUGCUUGUACUACAAUACUCAUGCACGAGGCACUCACCUAAUACUGAGAUAAAUUACAUUGUUUUGAAGAAAGAAAUAGCACAUAGUGCAUAGGAUUGUGGGUACAAAGCAACCACUAUUUAGAUGGUUUCUUUAUGUAUCCACAGAUAAUUCAUUAGUGUCAAUUCAGUUGGAAAAUACAAGCCUUUUUUUAAAAAAAUGCACUUUUAAGGUGAAGGGCAUCUUGAUGUGUAGCCCAGAGUUGCAAUGUAAUUUGAACAAUGCUGGUAAGCUUGGCUUUCUGAUGGAUUGUUUCUAACCUGCACUUGGAGGUCUUCGUUUCCUUUACAACCACAGACUUUACCUCUGUGGAGACCUCGCCAAUCCAAUUGUUUAAAGUCCAUUUACUGUAAAAAAAAUAUUAAUUACCCCAAAUAGAAAUGGAAAAACACUUUACCAAGUUGGUAAUUUAUUGCUGAUUUUAUUUGGUGUGUUUAAAAAAUGCAAGAGGUGUAUCUUGCCCCCUUGGAUUCUCCCAAGUUUUAUGAAGUUAAAUCAUAGGGACAUUUUUUUCAGUUUUUGUUUGUGCUGAUAUUGUGCCUUCUAAGUGUGCAUUGUGUUGUCAUGAAGUUAGUGUCUCUGUUAUCUAUUUGUCCCUGCAUGUAUCAGAGCAGCUUAAAAAAAGUACAAUCUUAAUCUUUUGCUUCCUUCAACCUUAGUUCCAUUCUAGAAUGGCCUGAUUACUUGACCUCCUCAACCCCUUCAGAAGCAAUUUUGAAGCUCCCAUUACCAAUGAAGUUGAUAAUCAGCUUUGCAAGAAUAAAAAUCUAUAAGCAUUAGUAUUUGAUUUAGCUUUUCCUGUAUGUGCACACCACAGUACAGUUAAUGGUAUUUUUAUAGAGAAGAGAAAGUGUUUAUUGUUACUAUGGUUAAAUCCAGUGUUGAUGUUAACUACAGAAGUAUUAGUAGUAGACUCAGUACUAUGGCUUGCAUAGUGUUCAACCAAGUUGAAAACCACUAGGGACUAUUAAGCAGAGGGCUUGUCUGCAUUUGUAUUUAACUUUUGCCUGUAGCUGAGCUUAACAAUUUUUAUUCAGAGAUAUUUCAAUCUUAGUUUUGAAAAUUUUGUGCAAGUCUUGAUUUCAUCUCCGAGAUGUCCUUCCCCUGAAAGUCCAUCACUGCUCUAUAGCCUGCUGGAUAAAUUGCAUAUCAGGAUAUUGCAGUUAAGUUGCACAAUGUUUUAACCAUUAAAAUUUGACAAAAUGUCAUGGGGAGUACACCUAUGAUUUGACAAAUGUGUUGUUGAUGAGAAAAGGUUCAGAGCUUGAUAGAUGCUUUUCUAAAAUCAAUCAGUAAAUGUUUUGGGAAAAAUUAACCCUCAAAAGUAGAAUUCUGUUUUGAGUUGAUUAAAAGGCACUUCCAAUAAUCAAUUUUGUACUGCCAUUAUUCAGUUUUUUGGGUCAAGGACCUUGGAGUAGUUAGGGUAAUUGGAAGAGUUAAUAUGAACAUUUGUUUGUGAGCUUCAACAUGAUUCCAAAUUUAUUUAACAAAUCAAUAAUAUUUUUCCUGUGCUUACUUCUGGUAAUUUUUCAAAUUUAAAAUUAGUACAUUAAGUAAUUCUGGUCACCAUUUGUUUGCCUUUUUUAUAGGUUCCAGUUUUGACUGGGCUUAUAAGAAUAUUUACAAAAGCAAAGGUGAAAUGCAUCAAAUUGUACGAAAGGCAGGUAUUAAUUGCAUGUGCUUUCCAUUCAGUUCUAGACUAAGGCCAUGAAAAGCCUUCCAUUUGAAGAAAAUGAAAAUUUACUGUUUUCAUUGAACUUAACAUUUAAAACAGGGAAAGUUUGGUUCUGGUGCUGUUCAGUGUUAGUUAUUUGGGAAUUUCAAAAUUGCAUAAUUUGAAAUUGCUAUUUGGUAAUAUAUAUUUAAUAUACUUAACAGCCUUGUUCGGCUUAGUUACCAAGUUCAUAUGAAUAAUGCACAAAUUUGGCAGCUCUGCAAUAUAUUUCAUAGCCUAAUCACUUAUUUUCUGCUUUGCCUCUUUUCUGAGAAGUGAGCAGAACAUGAAUGUAAAACAAGAGGCAGCUUUUUCCAAGACACUCAGCUACAAAAUCCUGUGACUAAUUGAAUGUGAAUGACCAAUUCUAGAGUAACACUUAAUAUUCACCAGCAACUUCCACGUUUACACCAUGAGACAUAUCCUAUAGAUAUCACCUGAUUCUGAUGACAUUUAUGACCAAAUCUUUUAAAAUUGUGAUUCUUUCCUAUGUCAUAAUCAUCCUUAAGUAAGUCUAGAACUACCUGCUUGUCAUUCAAGUUGUGUAGUGGCUUAAUCUUAUUAGAAGGUAAUCUAGUUAUGCCUAGUAGACUCACUAAAGUUCUGGUUUUGGUGUUGAGCAAUCAAUAAUGCUGCAGUGUGCUUUGUCAAAAAACACUCAGUGUAGCUGUUACAUUUUAAUAUAGACCACUCAACUAGAUAGUAACUGUACACACAAACAGCUGGUGCAUGAAAUGAUGCAGGAACAGGAAUCAUAUGUAAGUAGACAAAAGAUUGUCAGCAAUGUUAUUCACUCAAAUUAAUAUUGCCUGAAAGAGAUCAAUGUUCAUAGUUAUAGUUAAGAACACAUAAUCUUAAUGAAAGGCAGAAUUCCAAAAAAAAGCCUUGUAUUUAUUUGCUGGAUUUUUUUUAGCACUGACACUGCUGAAGUUUGAAUAUAAUGUACAAAGAUGUGUGAUGCCUUUACCUUAAAGCAGCAAUAGCCAGAAAUAAUUACAUCGGUUUAUGUCAAAAAAUUAAACUGAAGAAGAAACCACUGGUGUCAAUUGGAAUUCAGUAUUCACAAUUGAUAACACAGUCUUCAUACUCAUUGCCAAUAAUUCAUGAUCAAUUUUACUUUGGAUGGUUAUUUUGGAACAACUUUUAACAUGUCAAAAUUUAUUUUAUCUAUAAUAGUAUUGCUAGUUUUACAGCAGGCUUGCCUAUGUAGAUCCCAUGCUAUUUGCCACCAAACUGCUUACUGUGCAUGAUUAAAUAAAAAAAACACAAACCAUUUCUACUCACUGAAAAUAGGCCAGUCUUAGUUUAGUACAUUUAAUUUAUUAUGCUCUUCAUGUCACAUGUAGGUUGGUUGCAGUGCUAAUUAAUAUUACAAUAUUACAUGAAUGGUGUAUUAUCCGGGCUGAUGUGUAUGACCCUCAGUUACAUCAUUGUAAAGGAUCUCAGUAGAUAUUUCUCUCCUUCCAGGAGGAUUUCACCUGGAAGCUUUUUUCAAUUUCUGCCAGCUGUCAAAUUACAAUGACUGAAGAAAUCUGUACAUAAAAUACAUUAUAGCAUUUUCCUUAACAUUUUUUGUUCUACAAAAUACCUUCCAGGUUUUACUGUAGAGCUAAUUUUUUUUUGCAGCGAAUGCCUGAAACAAUGAAGACAUACACUUUUGUUCUUUAAUGUCUGAAAGCAUUAACACUGAGAAUUGGUCCCGAAUUUAGCCUGGUGUAGUAAACCAAACUACUCUCAUUCUGUAUUAGGGGUAAGAUCAAAUUUAUUACCCCAAUGGCAGAUGCCCAUUCAGUCCAAGUUAUUUAUCAAGAUACGUAGCUUUGUUUAAGUAUCUAAUGUUAUACAGAGCUUCUCCAAUGCUCAAUAUACUGAUUUUAUUAACUGUUCCUUCUAUAUACAAAUCUAGUUGAUUAUUAAAAGCAACUGGUAACACAUGAUCAUUUGACUUAUUGGUGUCUUUCUGACACAUUCUUGAGCAGAAAUGCACUUAGAAUCUCCAGAAGCUGCAAGGGAAAAGCAUAGGAUUCAAGUCAGUCAGUAUAAACCAUUUUGCAUUCUCAGUUGAGGUGGAAAAAAAUCUAAACACCGAGCCAUUUUAUGAUAGUUAAAAGCAAAAUGGUACAUAUUUGACUGAAAUAUAAGAAUCCUUAGUUAAACAAUUCAGAUCCUCAAAUUGAUCUUGUCUGUUAUGACAAAGACUGGCUUAGUGUAAAAUUGAAUCAAUUUUAUCAAUUCAAUUUUCAAUGAUUAUUUGUAAGCAGGUAGGUGAAGUCAAAUAGGACAGCAAGGUAUGUGGAAGCAUGGUAACUUAAAUACCAUGUACAGCAAUUUUUAAAAAAAUACCAUAUAUUUAGUCACUGCAGAAUUGUUCUUCUGUUAACUAGAUCAACUACUGCCUCCUCUUUGAAUAACUACAAUGAUUUUUGACCUCACCCUCACAAGGUCAAACACAUCUUUUUGCCUCAAUUUUGUUACAUAUUUGUACUGACUGGGUCACAUCUUGGCUUACUAAAGCAUGCAUCUGUCGCUGAACCAACUCGAGCUUUGUGGUUUCCAUAAUCUAGAACAGUUUUCAUCUUAGUGCUUAUAACAUGAAUUUAUUGUGCACUUAUAUAAUUUGGCUUUUACUUCAGAAAGAUGAAAAGUAAAAUAAAAUAUACCUCACAUCACUGGCUUUUAACCCCACUAAGUUACAUUAAUAUGAUAUUAUUUGUUAAAUCUCAUCUUUAAAAUUAGCUCCAGAAAAUACUUUGGCUUUUAUACCAGCAGGAAAUUCACCCGAAAUCAACAGCACCUGCACUCCAUUCACUUCUGCUAUAUAUUCAUUAAUUUACAUCUCUUUGCAUCUGGCCAUGGUUGAUUCUAAAACCCAGCAUUCUAACUGGAAAUUUAAAACCUACUCCAAAACUCUCCCAUGAAUGAAGGAAAGGGUGCUCAAAUCCAGAUUUUAGCAUAUGGCAAUAGCUGUUAGUGGAUAGUAACAGGAUGUGUUUUCAAAUCACAUGAAAUGAGCAGUAAUUAAAUAUACUGCAAUAUCCAUUGUGAUAGAAACCAAAGUGGCACUAUUGUUAUAGUAUAGGUGCUAUGUAUGGUUUAACAGUUAAUAACUGAUAUUAAUUUCUCACCUAAAUCACAUGCUGCAAAUGUAUACAAAUUAAGGCUUGUAGCAAUUCUGAAGUAGAAGGUGAUGCAAGGGAAAACAAAGGGGACAUUGUUUUAAGGUAAGUCGUCCAUUUAUAGCACAAAUACACAACUUGUAAAAACAGAGUUGCUGCUGGUUGAAACAAACAUCGCACUUGUUCCCUAAACUUACUCUUGUUUGUAGAGAAACCUCUUGUGUAUCUCUUGUAUAAAGCUUAAAAUAAAACUUUUUGUGAAAUAAUGAAUUUCAUUAAUUGAGUUGUGCACAUUUUCCAGUGGUUUCACCAAUGUUUUCAACUUGGAAUUGGUCAAUUGUCACUCCCAAUUUUGUAGGUUACUUCCUCACUGGAAAUUGUACUUAAU